GAUGAAGCUUCAACUUCACAUCAAAAUAACUAUGUUACCACUCUUAUUACUCUUAAUAUUAGUGAAAUACUUUACACUACUACAAAAAAAACACUUUUAAAAAAACGAAAUUCUUUUCAGAGCCUUUUAAUGAUUUUAAUUAUAAUUGAAACAUUUUUAUUAACUGAAAUGUUAGUUAUAGAAAAAGCUGAAAUAGUCAAUACAUUAGAGGAAGAUGUAUUCUCUAAUAGCAAGGAUGAGAAUACUCUAUCUAUCUACUACUGA